UAGUCAUGGAAAAUCAAUCAAUUGGAUCAAUCGAUAUUUUCUAGUACAAUGAUGGUGUGUUUUUUCGUUUAUGGGUAAUUCUUUCGUUCUCCUUUGUACCAAUCAUGAUGAGGAAACUCCUCAGACUAAAACUGGGUUUUCGGAUGUUGGUAGCUUCGAACCAUAGAAGCUAAUGUAGGAAGACAUCGUAUGAAAGUCUCAAGGUUUUCAAUUCUUUAACCCAAACAAUCUCUUCCAAUUUCCCGUACAGUACAUCUUACCACCUUAAGAAAUUGCCCGAUAUCCAUCAUAAAGCCUCAUUAUAUCAAGUAUGUAUUUCCCUCGAGGACUCGGUGAUCUAGACUAGCAGAGUAGCUAUAAGCUUUUAAUAUUUGGAUGUUCAAUUAGAUUCAAUAUUCUAAAUUAUUUGAAUUUGUCAAAUGAUUUGAAUGUUCCAACUGAUUUCAAGAAUCCCAAAGCUCUUUAUUGUUGAUUGCAUUCCGAAGUUUUGGACACCCCAAUCCUCCUUUGAAGGAUGUCAACAUCAGAGUUAACAUACUUGUAGAUCAAUAUUGCAUCGUCACUACUUAUACAUCAUGGCGAGCGAACACGAGCCCAAACCACCACAAGGUGAGAUUAUAUUGUCCGCACCAUUACACUCAGAUAUGUCAAGUGUGUAUCACCUCAUUCAAGAUGGCGACCGCAUCAGUGCUAACAUAGUUGCAGACCAACCUGAGAAUCAUCACGCCGUCAUGCGCCCAUCUCAGAUUGUCAAUAACGACACGUUUCUGUCUGAAAGUGGGAGUAAGAGUGGAGCCCUCCGCUCUAUUUCCUAUACUCCUCCCAUUACGAGAUCAAAAUCAAAAUUGUUAGGGGUUGAACAAUCCCUCCCUCUCUCUAAAAAUGCGCGCCAAAGACAGAGCAGCAUCAAAAACCAAAAGAGAAAAGCCAGAGCCCAACCAAUUACUACUACAUUUCAUUAUUUUAUCUGCUUUCCUAUCGAGAUUCGCCUCGAAAUCUUCCGCCACAUGUUCCCACAUCCCCGGACGAUAUCUACUUCCAAUCAACACUACUCAACUCGUGACUCAUCACAAAUCGAACUUUUAAAGCCUGCUGUAACCUUCUACAUCAAUCAUGAAGCACGGCAGGAAACUCUUCGAUUUUGGGUCGUUGAUAAGGCAUUCAACCACACUCCAGGUGCUUUUGACGAAAUGAGUUUCAGACCGAAUUACGACCAGUUUCAGUUGAACGUCUAUCUUUGGAAUAGUGAGAGCUAUAUACAAAGUAUGAGGAGAUUUGAGGAGAAGAAUCCAGGUUGCUUGAGCGCAGUAAAGGAAAUUACGCUUGUAGCGUCGAAACCUGGUUAUAUGCCCAUCUUUAAUUUGAAGUUGCACGACCGGCCGAAUAUUUUCCAGCAUUUACCAAAGUUGGAGAGAGUAUUUAUAAGAUGCGUAAUCUUCAAGCCGCAGCUAAUUCUCAAAUUUUGGCCCUCUUUGCAUAAGUUUUGGAUGCAGAAAGUCUGGAAACAAGCUUGGGGCUCGAAAGAAAAAGUGCCAGAUAUUUCAUAUUUGGCUAUUUGAUUAUAUUGAACAAUUGAAGCAAUGUGCGAUAAUUUCCACGUUAUCAUCAAUAUCCACCAAAACUUUUACCUCAAGCCAGUUUUACGUCGACUUCUCAAGUAGAUACUCCUUCAGUUAGCUGCCUCGAACACCUUUCCCCAAACCCAAUAUUGACAUUCUCAGGUGGGUCGAAGACACUGAAGUUGAUAACAACACUAUUCUGGCUGUCGUUCUUGCGACAGGCGCAAACCAUUCGGCUAGGCUGUAUUCAUGACACACCUGGCGACUAGGCGCCUGCACAUCUCUUUAACCAGUUGAUUA